UCAAGGUUAAAGUGACUCCAGCCUCCGACAGCCUGCGUGGAUCAUGCGGUGGGUGGGAUGACAUCACACUGACGUGGGGAAGGUGGUGAUGCCGCUACUGAACCGCAGCUGAAUCAUGGGAAAUGUGGAGAGUCAGAAUGGGGACGCUGGUUUCCAUGGUGACGGGAGGGGACAUCUCUCCCGUAAGCAGACGUCUCGCUCGCUCCGCCUGUCGUCCAAGCAGCCGGUGACCCGGCGUCCGAGGCACUCGUCCACCGUGAAGCAGGAGCACCGGAACUCCGAGACCUCCACCCGCUCCUCCAGCACCCCCAGCAUCCCACAGUCCCUAGCGGAGAAUGGGCUGGAGAUCUUCAGCGACGCCGACGAGCUGGGCGAGUUCGGCGCCAACCCUCACUGGACGCAACGCGUCGCCAUGACGAUGAGGCCGGAGUCCUUCCAGCAGGACGAGGACCCCCCGGCCACGCCGACCCCCGAAACCUCGGAGGCCGACACCGUCGCCCAGGACGGAGGGGAGGACUCCGCGGGGGAGGCCGAGGCCGAGGGGGAGGACCGGUACCUCCAGCGAAUGACCGAAGGAUCCCGGGAGGGAGGGAACUUUAAGAAGAAGCGGUCGAAGUCGGCAGACAUGUGGAGAGAAGACAGCCUGGAGUUCUCCCUGUCCGAUCUGAGCCAGGAGCACCUGACCAGCACCGAGGAGAUGAUCGAUGGAGGGGAGGAGGAGGAGGAGGAGCAGUUCACCUGCCCCCGGGGCAAUGCAGGUUCGGCCGAGAGGGCGUCGUCUCUGGACCAGCUGUGCAGCCAGCAGAGUCCGGGCCUGCGGGGGAAGAGGAGCCGCUACGUUAAAGGCCACCGGGAAACGGCGUGCGAUGGCGAGGGGGAGGACGGGCUGAUGUCUCCGGCCGAGGACGACGGCGGGGGAUACGGAGCCUUCACGCUCCCGUGCCGACGAUCCCACUGUCUCUCCGAGGGCCUGUCCGGGCUCGGCAUCCCGGCGGCGCCCCGCCCCGCCUUCCAGGGGAGACGGGCGCAGACCACUCAGGACAUCUCCGGCGUCCUGGGCGAGGGCAGCGAGUACGGCGACAGCGGGAUCGACGGCGUGGCCGCGGAGGUGGACGGGGAGCUGGUGUCGCGGCGCUGCAAGGCCAUGUCCGCCUCCUUCUCCGUCUACUCCGCCACCGAGAGCAGCAUCUUCAACGGCAGCGACAGCGGCAGCAGCAGCGCCGGCGGCGGCGACGGCAGCCGGGGCGGCGUGUACGAGAACUUCCGGAAGGACCUGGACAGCCAAGUCUGGAGGAACCAGGGCCGGGACGGCCGGGAGGAAGCCGGCUCCGGCGUGAGCGACGAGCGCAGCAGCGGUGCGCUCAGCGGCGUCUUCCCGCCCGACGGCGCGGCCGCCGGCGCGCAGGGAACGGUCCGGAAGGCGGGAGCUCUGGCCGUCAAGAACUUCCUGGUUCAUAAGAAAAACAAGAAGGUGGAACCUGCAACCCGACGCAAGUGGAAACACUACUGGGUCUCCCUGAAAGGCUGCACGCUCUUCCUGUACGAGUCGGACGGCCGCUCGGCCAUCGACCCCGCCAGCGUGGCCAAGCACGCGCUGUGGGUGGAGAACAGCAUCGUCCAGGCCGUCCCCGAACACCCCAAGAAGGAGUUCGUCUUCUGCCUCAGCAACUCGGUGGGAGACGCUUUCCUGUUCCAGACGUCGGGCCAGACGGAGCUGGAGAACUGGAUCACCGCCAUCCACUCGGCGUGCGCGGCGGCCGUGGCCCGGCAGCACCGCCGCGACGACACGGUGCGGCUGCUCCGCACCGAGAUCCGCAAGCUGGAGCAGAAGAUCGACAUGGACGAGAAGAUGAAGAAGAUGGGAGACAUGCAGCUGUCCACGGUGACGGACGCCAAGAAGAGGAAGACCAUCCUCGAGCAGAUCUUCCUGUGGGAGCAGAACCUGGAGCGGUUCCACAUGGACCUGUUCCGCUGCCGCUGCUACCUGGCCAGCCUGCAGGGCGGCGAGCCCCCCAACCCCAAGCGCCUGCUGGGCUUCGCCUCCCGCCCCACCAAGCUGGCCAUGGGCCGCCUGGGCAUCUUCUCCGUCUCCUCGUUCCACGCUCUGGUAUCGGCCCGCGCUGAAAACAGCCUCCGCCGGCGGAACCAGGCCCUGCCUCGCACCUUCAGCAAGCGCCGCAGCCGCUUCUCCUCCCUGUGGGGGCUGGACACCACGUCCAAGAGGAAGAGCAAGGGCCACCCCUCCGUCGACCAGGUGUUUGCCGACCACAUGGAGCCGCUCAGGAAACCGCUGGAGCAGAUGUUUGAGGACUCCACCAGCGACAAAUCUAAACAGACGGAGGACUCUGGUAAAGCUGUGUCUCAGCGCGGGGCUGAUGCUGAUAUCUGGGUCCCGGACCAUCUCCAACCCUCCUGGGUGUCUCUGCCCAACGACCGGCCGGUGCUGGCCGUCGUCCGGCCCGGAGAGACGGCCCUGGACGUGCUGGACGCCGUCUGCAAGAGCCACGGCCUGGCCCCCCAGGGCCACCACCUCCGGCUGAAGGUCUGGACCGACAACCAGAUGCUUUUCUACGUCCCCCAGAGUGAGGAGGACGUGUCCGACCUGCUCUACAAGGAGAUAGAGAUCUGCCCCCGAGCGACCAGAGUGAUCCGGUUCGACAGAGCCGAGUCCUGCAGCGUCGGAUACGGUUUCUCCGUGGCGGUUCUGGACGAGGACGGAGUCCAGCAGCUUCACAUCACCGACGUGAAGGAGGGAGGUCUGGCCGCGGCUAAAGGUCUGAGACCCGGGGACGAGCUGCUGUUCCUGAACGGUAAACCGGCGUCGGAGCUCCAGACGGAGGACAUGAGGGCUGCGUUCGUCACCCCCGCCCUCACCCUGAGCGUCAGCACCCUGCCCCAGCUCAGCCCGCGGGUGCUGUGCUGCCACCCGCCCCGCCGCUCUGACGGGGACCCGGCCGCCGCCACCGACAUCUUCUCCCAGAGCCAAGAGGACAUCUUGGACGAGGUGUCCGGCCUGACGGUGGAGGACGAGAGCAUGGAGGAGGGACCUCGACACCUGCAGAGCCCCGGAGACGAGCACAGGACCGUCACGACGACGGGACGGAAGAGCACGGAGCAGGUCACCUCCUUCUGCCGGAGCCUCCAUGACAUGAAUCUCCUGGAGGGAACCACGUCCUCCUCCUCGUCCUCGUCCUCCUCGUCUCUGUCCCCCAGCCCGGUGUCGGCCCUGCCGCCCUCGGCCCAGAAACAGCUCUCCCACGCCGACAAGCUGCGUAAGGUGAUCGGAGAGCUGGUGGAGACGGAGAAGACCUACGUCAAGGACCUGAGCUGCCUGAUCGAGAGCUACCUGACGCCUCUGCAGAAGGAGAGCUUCCUUUCCCGGGAUGAGCUGGACGUCCUGUUCGGGAACCUGGGGGAGAUGGUGGAGUUCCAGCUGGAGUUCCUGAGGACGCUGGAGGACGGGAUCAGACUGGUGCCGGACCUGGACCGGCUGGAGCGGGUGGACCAGUUUAAGAAGGUGCUGUUCUCCCUGGGCGGCUCCUUCCUCUACUACGCCGAUCGCUUCAAGAUCUACAGCGCCUUCUGUGCCAGCCACACCAAGGUCCCCAAGGUUCUGGCUAAAGCUAAGACGGACCCGGAGUUCAAGGCCUUCCUGGCGGAGAGGAAUCCCCGGCAGCAGCACUCGUCCACGCUGGAGUCGUACCUGAUCAAGCCCAUCCAGCGGGUCCUGAAGUAUCCGCUGCUGCUGCGGGAGCUGCACUCGCUCACCGACCCGGACAGCGAGGAGCACUACCACCUGGACGUCGCCAUGAAGGCCAUGAACAAGGUGGCGAGUCACAUCAACGAGAUGCAGAAGCUGCACGAGGAGUUCGGCGCCGUGUUCGACCAGCUCAUCAACGAGCAGACCGGGAGUAAAAAAGAGGUGUCCGACCUGUCCAUGGGGGAUCUGCUGCUUCAUUCCACCGUGACCUGGGUCAACCCGCCGCCAUCGCUGCUCAAGAACAAGAAGGAACCGGAACUCGCUGCCUUUGUGUUCAAAACGGCCGUUGUGUUCGUGUACAAGGACUGCUCCAAGCACCGCAGGAAGAUGGGUGGAUCCCACCGCGUCUCCGUCAGCGAUGACAAGGAUCCUUUCCGCUUCCGUCACAUGAUCGCGACCCACUCUCUGCAAGUCUGCACCGCUGCAAACUCUGAGGCCUCGGCGGUUUGUGAGAUCGUCCACAGCAGGUCUGAGUCUGAAGGCCGUCCGGAGAGGAGCUUCCAGCUGAGCUGCAGCUCUCCGGACAGUAAGAAGGAUUUCCUCCGGGCCGUCCACUCCGUCCUGCGGGAGAAGCAGCGCCGGCAGCUGCUGAAGACGGAGUCUCUGCCUCCGAGUCGCCAGUACGUCCCGUUCGGGGGCCGACGGCUACGCGUCCUGAAGGGGGCGCGACCCGGCAUGAACCGGACCGAGUCGGCUCCGUCGCGGCGUCUGGCCCGGAGGCUGAGGAACCGCAUCACCAUCGACACGGACCUGGUGUUCAACGGGGACGACCCGGCCCCCCCGGCGGCCCCGGGCCCCCCGGGCCCCCCGGGCCCUCCCCAUCCGGCCCCCCCGGCCCACAAGCCCCCGGGGGAGGACACGGACCGCUGGGUGGAGGAGCAGUUCAACCUGGCGGGCUACGAGGAGGCGGCGGCCGAUGGCCGGCGCGUCCAGGAGACGGACAUCCUGAGCGACGACGACGAGUACUGCCGGUCGGCCCGGCUGGAGGCGGCGCUGGGGGGGCUGCGCCUGAACCCCGACCCGGGGCAGACGAGGGGGGGUGCAGCCCCGAGAGACGGCCCUGCAUCCUGCGGUGCUUCAGCGGCCAAGCCCCCCCCCUCCAGGCCGUUCGGCGGGGAGGGAAACGCCAAGGAGCGCGGUGCCGUCUGGGUGCGGCGCGACGAAUUCACGGACGGCUGCAACAGCGACAUUUUCUGACGGGGUGGAGGUGGAGGACGAGCUGGGGGGGGGCAACAACAACAACAACAAGGAUGGAGAAACAUGUCGGACUCUGGAAAACAAGCUUUAAAGACAUUUGGGUAAAAGUAGAAGAUGUUUAGCUUCUUAAAACAUAUAUAGAGGGUCUGCAUUGACGUCACUUCCCCACUGGACCAGCCCCCUUACUGCACUGAGUGGCAAAAACAUCCAACUGGCAAAAAUGGCUGCAACUAGGGCAAAUUUAUGGACUUAAAUUAGCGUCAGUUGGACUUGACAGUGACCCGUACAGUUACCCCAAGAACCAGUGGUCCAUGGACAUUAAUAUUUGGUACAGUUUCCAAGAACCAGUGGUCCAUGGACAUUAAUAUUUGGUACAGUUUCCAAGAACCAGUGGUCCAUGGACAUUAAUAUUUGGUACAGUUACCAAGAACCAGUGGUCCAUGGACAUUAAUAUUUGGUACAGUUACCAAGAACCAGUGGUCCAUGGACAUUAAUAUUUGGACACGAAUCCAGUU